UCCUCCUCUUAGUGUCUCUAACUUACUAGCCACCUGUGCAUACCACAAAUCGUCAUGAAUAUCAACGUCUACAGACGUAAAUCUAGCUCGGUCACGUAUUGUUGAAACGCUGAAGCGUUGUUGAUGACAAUAUCGAGUUCGGAGAUGAUAGAAGCCUUGGAAAUGAAUCAACGGCCUAGUAUGCUUGCCGCUGUUCUAGAAUUAGCACAAUGUGCAGGGUCCAUCUUCCAUGCUAGGAGGCCCGCAUCAGGGGCCGAAGUCAUGCUAUGGUUCUGUCAUACCUCUGAGCCAGCUGCCACGCCCACACCUUUCUCCAGCCUCGUUCCUUCUACCCACUCAGUCUGAGGACGGUCCUUGCGUUGGGUCUCAGUGUCAGGCCCCGCGUGGUCGCAAUUGUGAACACUAUGGUUCUCGAUCUCCUGUCACACAACCCUCUUCUCACCGCUACCGUACUGUUUGUGGCACUGUACCUGCAAUGGUAUCGCAACCGACUCAAAAGUGUUGAUCACUUGCCUGGACUACGAGUAGCGUUCUCUCCUCUCUCACUGCCUGGCGCAUUACUGCCUACUUCCUCGUGGAAUCCGGGCCUCGGAUGGUAUUGGCAGUGGCGCACGACCGCAUACAUGAACCAUGAGAAUGAUAUCAUAUCCAUAGUACCCUUCGUAUUCGGUAAACCGCUUUAUUACACUUGUUCAUCAAAGGUCGCGCAGCAUUUGCUUUCGAACGAGACGAAAGUCAAUCUAGAAAAGCCUAAGUUGCUGUCAAGAGUGUUUCUUCUCUGGGGUGAAAGCCUCAUCUCCGCGAAUGGCAACCUCUGGAAGAAGUUUCGACGCCUGCUAGCACCAGCGUUCACUCCUCAGACAUUCUCGCUUGUCUUUCGGGAAUCUGUCGCUAUCUAUCGCGAGAUGCUUGCUGAACAAGGCUGGGAUCGUGAGAACGAGGCAGCCAUCGAUGAUGUGGGGCAACUUGCUUUGCGAACUCUGCGAAUUCACCCUCAGAUGACUCUAGUUGUUCUAGCGCGUUGUGGCUUUGGCGUUCCAUUGUCUUGGUCGGAAGAAGCCACUACGGACGGUUCCAUACCUUUCGGCGAGUCCCUCAAUGUCGUCUGUCACACCCACAUCGAACGCCUCGUUAUUCCGAAUUGGGCCUACAAGCUUCCAAUUCAGAGACUGCAACACAUGGAUAAAGCCUGGAAAGCUCUUGGAGUAUACAUGCGCGAACUCAUCGCUGCACGGAGAAGCGCAAUUGACUCCACCAGUAUAGAGGCGCAAACCGAAAAGGGCGAUCUUUUUACUCGCCUGAUAGAGGCAUUAGACGAAGAUGCCAGAAUAGGCCUUGAGGAAUCGGAAGUGAUUGGCAAUACGUUCGCCUUGAUGUUCGCCGGCCACGAAACUACGGCGCGCACUCUGACAGCAACUCUUGGAUAUCUCGCAUUAUACCAGGACGAACAAGCUAAGGCCUAUUCAGAGAUUGUGCAACUACUCGGUAGUCGUACUGAACUGACACUUGAAGAUGUGACGAAGAUGGACUUCAUUCAUGGUUGCUUCCACGAGGCUCUUCGUUUGCAUCCGGCUGGACCCAUGCUUCCUCGAGACUUGACCAAGGACGUCUACGUCGAACUUCAGCAUCCAUACCCACGAACCAUGUGUCUUCCUAAAGGCAGUCGUGUCAUUAUCGACAUGAUCGGUAUUCAUCAUAACCCUCAUACCUUCCCUGAGCCAGAAAGGUUCAAGCCUUCAAGAUGGGAAGGUGUUCCUGAGCACGAAGUAACCAUGUUCGGGUGGGGGCCCCGGGCAUGUAUCGGUCGCAAAUUCGCCACCACGGAAGCUGUGACAGUCCUUGCACUCUUCUUGCGUGACUGGAUGCUCGAAGUUGCGCUUGAGCCCGGCGAAACAAUUCAAACUUACCAAGAGAGGGUGAUGGGCCAGUCCCGUCUCCUCGGGCUUGCAUUCGGUGUAGAGACUGUACCGAUUAAGUUCUGUCGACGACACCCAUUGUGAACGCCCAAUCGAUGGACAGUUUCGCCCGCCUGAGACUGUGUUCUUGGACUGACGCUUACGCUGGUAUCCUGAGAGUGAUGUUCGUCUUCCUUGUGUUUCCUCGCCGAACAGUUUGUGCAUACUUAUUUAAAUAUAGCCUGUAGACCGCCUGGUCAAUAGUUCAGGACAAUUUGUGUCCUGUCUUUACCGGGAUACGAGAAGGAUAGAUACCCGUAUGCAAUGUUAUACUCCUUGUGAGACCCUUACAACAUAUCAUGAGUCUCUCGUCAAGCC